UCUCUAGUUUCUGAACAGCUCAUCACUAUAUUAUUUGCAGAACAAUUAAAUAAGCCAGAAAAGCAACAUGGCCAAAAGACAAUUGCCGCUGCCAGAAAUGAACGAUGAUAAGCAUCGGCGCAAACAGUUUAAAGGGCAUUUGGACAGCAACCGACUGCAACCGCCUAAAUUCAAAAUGAAUCGCAGCCACUCGCAUAUAUUAGGCAGCAAGAUCAACUCCCAAAUGGCGCAUGCCAUUUCGUUUUGCAGGGGAGCCGAGUUAAAUGCCGACACGUCAAUGUCCUGCAAUAAGAGCUAUUUUGAGCAGUGUUUCGAGCGUUUGGAUAAGUUGGGCGAGGGCUCAUUUGGUGAGGUGUUCCAAGUACGAGAUCGUUCCGACAGCCGGCUGUAUGCGGUCAAAAUCUCCAAGCAAUUGUGUCGCAGCGAACAUGAUCGCGCAGAGAGAUUGGAGGAGGUGCGUCGCUACGAAGAGUUAUCCGGCCAUCAGAAUUGCGUACGUUUCAUACGCGCCUGGGAGCAAAACUGUCGUCUGUUCGUGCAAAUGGAACUGUGCCGCGAGAGCUUGCUGCAGUAUUUGUCCCGUUGCCGACAGAUUCCCGAGAAGCGUAUCUGGCACAUAUUGUUGGAUUUGCUGCGCGGCUUAAAGUCCCUACACGAUCGUAAUCUCAUACAUUUGGACAUUAAGUUGGAUAAUGUGCUCAUCGGUGCCGACGAGAAAUGGAAGCUGUCGGACUUUGGUCUGGUCAUCGAUUUGGACAAGGUGGAAAGUGAUCAGGCCACCGAGGGCGACUCGCGUUACAUGGCACCCGAAAUACUCCAGGGUCAAUUCACCAAGGCCGCCGACAUCUUCAGCCUGGGCAUCGCCAUCCUUGAGCUGGCCUGCUACAUGGACUUGCCAUCGAAUGGCCCGCUCUGGCAUGAGCUGCGCAAUGGUAAGCUGCCCGAUGAGUUUAUAAACACACUUUCUGUGGAGCUACAACAGGUCAUCAAGUGCAUGAUGACACCAGAUCCCCAACAGCGUCCCACUGCAGAGCAGCUGCUAGCGGAUCCCGUGCUGACGAGAAUGCAAAAUGCAGUGAAUAAUAAUGCGGCCAAUGGAGCGCCAUCAUCGCCAUCAUCGCCAUCACUGCCAUCAUCGCCAUCCGCAAGCCCUGCUGGUACACCGCGUGUGGAACUUCAAUUGGCUACCUCAACGCCCAUUGGGAAUCGCAAUUGUUAUGCCUCCGAUUUUCUAUCGGGGGCCUUGCAUCUGUCGCCACAGUGCCCACCAACAGCCUCUCGACGAAUAAAUUGGAUGAAGUCCACGCCACAUCCAAAAAUUUUAUUCCAAGAAAUCGUUAGCGAUUCGUAGAGUAACAUUUUGGUUGGGCGACGAACAGGAGACGCAACGCAAGGAAUAAAUAUAUACAUAAAUAUGGUAAUAUAUAUAUAUAAAAGAAACCUCAUACAUAUGGCAACAAUCUAAACAUCGUUAAAUAUUUAGAGUCCAGUUGUGGAGCUUCAUGAAUAUAAUGUAUAUUUAAAAAUUUAUAUUUUUGGUAAUUAGAACGGUUCUUUAGAAGAAACUUGUUUUUACAACGUAAUCCGAAUUGUAAAAGAUAAUAUACGAAAUGCGAUUUGAAAAAACCGCAAAAUUAUAAAAACAUCGUAAAUUUAUCCAAUUUAAUUGCAAUAAAAUAAAA